CCACACUGGCGGGAGAAACGUGGAACCGAUUAUCAUUAGAGUUCUUUUUCGGGCGGGAAGACUUUCAACAGAACACCGACUUCCGCUCAGCUGGAGAAUUUAAAAUUUUGUAUUGUCUAGGGUGAAACUCGUCCUUCAGACAUGUCCACACUGUUCCCCUCUUUGUUCCCGAGGAUGACAGAGUCUCUGUGGUUUAAUCUGGACCGGCCGUGUGUGGACGAAACAGAACUUCAGCAGCAGGAGCAGCAGCACCAGACCUGGUUACAGAACAUUGCAGAGAAGGACAGUAACCUGAUGCCCAUCGGUCGGCCGGUGUUUGAGACGUUUGAUGAGGAGGAAGAGGAGGAUGAUGAAGAUGAGGAAGACAGUGAGGAGGACUCGGAGGAGGAUGAGGACAUGCAGGACAUGGAUGACAUGAACAUUUAUAAUGAGUUUCCUGAUGAUGGCGAGAUAAACGAGGUGGAUAUGGAGGGAGCAGAUCAGGACCAGGACCAGUGGAUGAUCUGAACCUCAUAACCUCAUCUCAGCACAGCAGAGGAACACUUGCUUGUAUGCCCACACUGCUCUCUGUGUGUGUGUGUGUGUGAGGGAGAGAGAGAGAGUGAGUGCUGACACUGUGCCAAGUGCCAGUGUCUUGUAUUUAGUCUAUUACACCGUCAUCAAGGACAACUGUAGGAGUGUGAGCCCAAACACACAGGGUUCAAUUCUUCUACUGCCUGGCAUGUGACAGUAGAAACAAAGAGCUUAUAAAGGUGUGUGUGUGUUGAGUUCCAGCUCAGUGUUAGUGUGUGAGUGUAAUGACUAGGUUUUACAUUUAUAUAAACAGUGUUUGUAAAUAAAAAUAUUAUUUGAA